ACGACAAGCUACACGUGCGGAAAGUUGAUAAAAAGGGGAGAAUUUGUCGCCGGCUUAUGCCCAAUUCCGUAUCAAGCUUACCACACUUUCUAAAAGAUCGUGCCUGUCGAAGUGAAAUCCAUGACAUCUUGGUGUAAAUAAUAAGAAAGAAUGUCGGGAAGGACCGCCGUUUUGGGAGGUGGAAUAUCAGGCCUCUCUGCAGCUUACUAUCUGCGCGAUAAUCCAGCUUUCCGGGCUAUCAAAAUAAUCGAAGCAUCGAAUAGAACUGGUGGAUGGCUACGCUCAAGAGUGUCAUUGGAGGGUGUUAUAUUCGAGGAAGGACCAAGAACGAUAAGACCCCGAGGUCCUGCUGGCUCAAAUACUCUAAGUCUAGUGGACAGGCUGAACUUGUCAGAGAAAAUAAUUCCAAUUAGUUUAGCCCAUCCAGUAGCUAAAAACCGAAUGAUUUAUGCUGAUAAGAAAUUACAUGCAUUGCCCAACUCGUUGAAUGCUAUGUUUAAGGUGAAUUCGCCGUUUAGUCGACCUUUGGUUAGUUGCUUGAUUACCGAUUUAAGAGCGCCCAAGCUUACCAAAGAAGACGAAAGUCUUUACAGUUUUGUUGAAAGACGACUGGGAAAAGAUGUAGCUGAUUAUUUGAUAAGUCCAAUGGUUUGUGGAAUUUGCGCAGGAGAUGCAAAACAGAUCAGUGUAAAUUUUCUAAUGAAAUCUUUAUUCGAAUAUGAACAAAAAUAUGGUUCUAUUAUAAAAGGUUUUGUAAAAAGUAAUUGGGAGGUGUUCAGAAGCAAAUCUAACAAAACUGAUGGCCAGAAAUUAAAUAGCAAUGACACAAAUAGAUUGUCUCGACGAGCUGAAAAUGAAAGAUGGGCGAUUUGGACUUUGCGUGGUGGACUUGAACAACUACCGACAGCACUCGCUGACAAUCUCAGUUCAAAUGGGGUAGAAAUUUCCUUAAAUAGCAAAUGUGAAGAAUUGACUUUCACAGAAGGUGGUGUUGAAUUGAAAUUCAACGAGAGGACUGAAGAGUAUUCAAGAGUAAUAUCCAGCUUAUCUGCCAAGAGUUUGGCACCUAUGAUUCACCGCCAACAUCCACAGCUAGCAAACGAGCUUACAGCCAUACCAUCUGUUACAGUGGCUGUUGUUAAUUUGGAAUUUGCUGGUAAUGUGCUGGAACAAGAAGCAUUUGGAUUUUUAGUACCACCUAAUGAGAAAUUGCCAAUUUUGGGGGUGAUUUUUGACUCAUGCAUUUUGCCUCCAAAGAACUCUACGGUUCUUACUGUGAUGAUGGGCGGAGCCUGGUUUACAAAAAAUUUCGGUGAUCACCCAACAAAAGAGCAUCUCUUGGAAGUAGCAAUGCAUCACGUUAAAAGUAUUUUACAUAUCAAAGCGGAUCUAGUUGCACACAACGUGGCUAUUCUAAAGGACUGUAUUCCACAGUACGUAGUUGGUCAUGAGCAAAGGAUUCGUCGUAUUGAAAACUAUUUAGUCAAACACAAACUGCCCCUCUUUCUUUGCGGCUCUUCAUAUUAUGGUGUUGGCUUGAAUGACGUUGUUCUGUCUGCAAAACAGGCAGCUUUAGCAGUUACUCAACAAUGUUGAAGUCAGUGAUGAAACCUUUUCAUGUUUGA